GAUUAACCGAAUGGAGGUCUUGGCCGCCCUCCUGAGCGGCACCGCCUGUGACUGUCGGCGCAGCAGAAGCGCGGGCCCCCCCAGCGGCCCUUAUCGCGGUUCUUCACGGACGCGGGCAGGCCGGUCCCAGAAGAGGCUGCUGGGCGGAGCCAGCCGUGCAGGAGGACGACCGGGCGGGUCGGCAGCUACAAAAGUCCUGGCCGGGCGUGCAGGAGGAGGAACAGGCGAAGAAAGGCAGCAUGGAGAACCGCCCGGUCGUCUUCGACAAGCCUAAGAUAGAACUUCACGUCCACCUGGAUGGAGCUAUCAGACCAGAAACUAUUUUAUACUAUGGCAAGAAAAGGGGCAUACAGCUCCCUGCAGAUACUGUGGAAGGCCUACUGCAAUGUGUUAGUUAUGAAGAACCACUCAGUCUCACAGGGUUUCUAGAAAAAUUCUCAAUUUACAUGCCAGCAAUUGCGGGAGACCGCGAGGCUAUUGAGAGAAUUGCCUAUGAGUUUGUGGAAUCAAAAGCAAAGGAAGGUGUUAUUUAUGUUGAGGUCAGGUAUAGCCCUCACCUCCUGGCAAACUCUGAAGUGGAUCCUAUCCCUUGGAACCAAGAGAGGGGAGAUCUCACUCCGGAUGAAGUGGUUAGCCUUGUUAACCGGGGUUUAAAAGCUGGAGAGAAGGCUUUCAACAUCAAAGCCAGGUCUAUUCUAUGCUGCAUGCGCCACAGGCCAAGCUGGUCACCUGAAGUAGUGCAGCUGUGUAAGAAGUAUCAGAAUGAUUCAGUGGUUGCGAUAGACUUAGCUGGGGAUGAGUCAAUAAAUGCUGAGACCUGCCAAGGACAUCAGACAGCCUAUGAGGAAGCUGUGAGAUGUGGCAUUCAUCGAACUGUUCACGCUGGUGAGGUUGGACCCCCUCAGGUCAUCAAAGAGGCAGUCAACAUACUAAAGGCAGAGCGAAUUGGCCAUGGCUACCGUGUUUUUGAAGAUGAAUUUCUAUACAAACAAUUAAAAGACAAUAUACAUUUUGAGCUUUGCCCUUGGUCCAGCUACCUCACUGGAGCAUGUAAAACACCCUUCUGUAAUCAUCCAGCAGUAAGAUUUAGGAAGGAUCGUGCAAAUUAUUCUUUGAAUACAGAUGAUCCACUUAUAUUCAACUCCACAAUUCACACAGAUUACAAAAUAGCUUGGGACUCAAUGGGCUUCACUGAAGAGGAAUUUAAAAGAUUGAACAUAAAUGCAGCCAAGUCAAGCUUCCUGCCGGAGAAAGAGAAAAAAGAAAUCCUCUACCAAUUGUAUGAAGCAUAUGACAUGAUAAAAAGUACAGAGUUCUAGUGCCUUCAUGCUGGCCAGCCAUGACCUCGUUUUUGGCAAAGGUUAUGCUUACUGGAGACCUCAGUGUUCGCUUCUUCAAAGACAAUGCACAAACUUAGUAUUACUAUCUUGUUUACUAUCGUAUCGACAGGAGGGAGAAUGCACUAAAUAAAAAGAACAAUGUUCCUAUGAUGCUUUUAUCUGCUAAUAGCACAGUUCCAUAGAUAACAUAUAAGUACUGUGAGUUUCCGUAUUCCUUUUUUAAACUGGGGAUGGGCGGUCAUCUUUACAGAGAUUUGAAGUCUUGGAAGGUGGAUUGCUGUUUGUAGUGAUUACACUUUUCACUUCGGUAGACAAAUUUUAAAAGUAUUUGUUUUAUCAAAAAGUGUUUUACCAUGUGACAGUGAGACAGAGAAAUAUAUUCACAGUAGGAAGCAAAAUCCUUCUUAAAUAACUUUUCUGCCUUUUAAUAAUUGUAAUUUAUCUCUGUUCUUUAAGAGAUUUCUCUGUAAUUGGUCUGUGUCUGUAUCUAAGUCACCCUGUGUGUGAAAGAAAUAAAUAAAACCACAAUCCUCUACCACCA